AUGAGUUCAGGUGAGUUCCAGGUGAGUCCAAUACCGCUGAAGCGCGUGCCCAGGAAGCAGGUGAUAAGUGAGUCCAGGUUACAUGGGAGAUUCCACGAGCUGGCUCCUCACCUAGUACCACUGGACUACACCAACCAGCCUGACAUCAGACUCCCCCUGGCACUCAUCGUCAGCAUGCCAGAACUCAAAGCCAACCCUACAGAGAACCCGUUCAGAAACCGCAUCGUGGAAGUCUUCUCUGAGGACGGACAAGGCAACUUGAGCUUCAAUGACUUUGUAGACAUGUUCUCUGCUCUCUGCGAAACGGCUCCACGAGAACUGAAGACCAUAUAUGCUUUUAAAAUCUAUGAUUUUAACGUGGAUAACUUCCUGUGUAAGGAGGAUCUGGAGAAGACGUUGAACCGGCUGACUAAAGGAGAGCUGACCCCUGAAGAGGUCAAUCUGGUCUGUAGCAAGGCCAUGGAGGAGGCUGACCUCGACGGGGACAGCAAGCUCUCCUUCUCGGACUUCGAGAACAUGAUCUCUAAAGCUCCAGACUUUCUAAG